UAAGCCGUUAGCAGUGCUCAGCCUAGCAUCGAUAAAAAAUAUACGGAUCCUAGCAGAAAUGAGGAAAAUAUGUUAUAGUUUGUUGGCAAUGCAAUUUUAAGCCGUAUGCUUUGCGCGAGAGCCUGAAUGUUCGAGGUUUCAUUACGAGGAAAAGCUGUUAGAGAAAGUGAUCAGAUCAGAAAUUAAGAUGGACGCGAUUGAUGAAUCAUUGAAAAAGACAACUGGAUUUGUGGAAGAAAAUAUUUAGCAGCCAAUUGUAUAAAAGUUGGUUAGAUUUAAACGCUGGUUAUAGUUGUCCAGCGGUUAACUUUAACCAAGUUGGCCAUUUUAUCCAAACCGUUUAUCCGUUUGUAUAAACGCAAAAUAUGCAGCGGCUAAGUUAACCAUUUCGAUUAUCGAGAUAUCCAAAUAGGUUAUAGUUAACCUAAACAAAACGAUCCCAUAAUGCAUCGAUAGCAUGGUUCCGGUCAGUGCGCGUUUUGCCGUAUUUGUAAACAUUGUGUCGUCUGAAACAUCAAAAACAUAACUGACUUGACAGUUGACGCCACAGCUAAUCGAAAAAAAACGAUCUAGUAAUUUUUCCGAUGUAGAAAAGGCCGCAAUAAGGGAAGGUUUCGUCGGCUGUGGCGAUCUUUUAGGGAAAUUAUUUUAAACAAAGUCGGGGGAAACACUAAAGUACAGCAGGACAACGCUUGGAUGAAGAUUACACAAGCAGUUAAUGCUGUCGGCCGUGCAUUUUGCACGGUCGAUGAGGUUAAAGAUGGUGAGCUGUGCCAAGGCUGUAGUUGCCAAAGAAAAUGCCAACGCCAGGCAGACGGGUGGGGGUAAACCGCUGCCUGUCCCGGAUGACACCACUUUGGCAAUAAUAUAGGAUAUGAAGGGGACGCCUGCCUUCAGCGGCAUCCCCGAGUCAUCAGCAUCGGAGUUGGCAAUAGUUGCCGUGAACAGGCAGGACGAACCUCAAAAAGACCCGUUCAGCCUGCUAGGUUUCGAUGCAUUGACUGGCAGUCCAUCCAGGACUUGGAGCAUGUUUGAGGUGGCAUGUAGUUCGGGUGAGGCAGACUUGGAAGAUAUAGAGGGUAGUGAGACAAAGGUUGACAUCCGAGAAGACACUAAGGAUAUGCCUUUAUGUGAUAUGUUUGCAAAUUCCUGUAUAAAAGAACCAAGUAGCACGUGGAAAAGGAAAGCUCACCCAAAUGUUGAAUUCAAGUCAAAGUCAAAAAAACCAAGAACCUCAAAGGAAGUGCAGACAGCAUAUUAUGUUGAGGCCACAGCUGCCAAGAAGUUCUUUGAUGCAGCAACAACUCUGCUGACUUUACUAAGCGAAAAAUAUCUACAUGUCUUCGUCAUGGUUCAGAACAGUAGGGGGCUGCUGGUCAUCCUCGGGCGGAAAUUCCUCGGGUUCUCCCCACAGCUUUGCAAGGUUGUGUAGUACAACACAACAUAUCACAAUCUUGCUUACUUACAGAGGCUUCAUCCGGAUCUGAUUUAAGGAAAAAACACAACAUACAAUGUAUUU